AUGAAGAUCACUUCCAUUGCUCUUGGCGCCUUAUUGGCAGUGCAAGCUUCAUGCGCUGCUCUACCAAGAAACGACGACUAUACCGAGCUCGAGAACCUCCUUCGGCAAGCCCAAGAGACUGCCGAGGCAGAGUUGGCAGCUUCUGCAAACACAACACAGAAGCGUACCGGUGCCCCUAAAUGUACUUUGCAAAACCUGUCAAUUAGAAGGGAAUGGAGUACUCUAUCAAAGGCAGACAGAAAAGCCUACACAGCUGCUUGCAAUUGCUUGGCUUCUAAACCACCCAAGACUCCAGCAUCAUUUGCUACUGGCGCCAAGUCGCGAUGGGAUGACUACACUGCAACACAUAUUGCACAGACACCAUUCAUACACUUCACAGGCAACUUCUUGUCAUGGCAUCGCUGGUUCAUAUACAACAUGGAACAGGACCUGCGCAAUGUCUGUGGCUACGAAGGCCCAAUGCCAUACUGGGACUGGGCACAAACCGCCAUGACUGGACUUCAGAAGCACGCUCUGUUCGACGGUUCUGAUACCUCAAUGAGUGGCGAUGGAGAACACGUCGAGCAGAGUGGUGAUAUCCUCCUGAUUCAGCCAACACUUCCUGUCGUCACCCUUCCAUUGGGCAAUGGUGGUGGAUGUAUCAAGUCCGGACCAUUCAAGAACUGGAAGGUCAACAUGGGACCUCAACAACUGUCUAUCCCUGGAGGUGCUGUCGUUGGAGCUCCUUCUGGCAAUCCUCUCGACUACAACCCUCGCUGCCUCAAGCGUGACUUGACCGAUGCCAUCAACCGACGCUACGCCAAUGCGACCUCGGUACUACAGACCAUCUUCGAGAAGACCAUUGUCAACUUCCAGGCCAGAAUGCAAGGCAAUCUUGACCUCGUCAACGGCGAGAUUGGCAUCCACGGUGGCCCUCAUCUGACUUUGGGUGGUGACCCAGGGCGUGACGUUGGUGUUUCGCCCUCCGACCCCAUGUUCUUUCUGCACCACGGCGGUAUCGAUCGCGCCUGGUGGAUCUGGCAGAUGAUGGAUACCAAGAACAGAGUCUACGGCAACAACGCUAUUAACGGAACUGGUACAUUCCUGAACCUGCCACCUAGUCCUCCUCAGACUCUCGACAGCACGAUCGAGUUGGCACAUGUGUCUGACAAGGUCGUCAAGAUCAGAGAUCUCAUGUCUACCACAGCAGGACCCUUCUGCUAUAUCUACGUCUAA